UAGUUUUCAAAUAAUAGUACAAACAAAUUAUUUUAGUCUAUUAUAUAUUUUAUAUUAAUAAUAAUAAUCGGUGAAUUAUUUGAAGUAUUAACCCACCACUAGUGAUCAUCUAAGCCUCGGAAAAAAGCUUUAAUAGAUGAACGUAAUAUUGUUUGAAUUGAUUGAAGACCACUGUAUUAUUAACAUUCUGCUGGCUUAACAUUAUGCGCUCAUUUUCUGUGAACAUACAUCUCUCCUCUCAUUUUCAUUGUGUCUGUGACUUUCAAAGUGGAUUGACGUGUUGCGGAAAGUUGAACCGAGAAAUUUGAGAGCUAAGAAAGUUGUGAAUAGGAAAAUCACAAAAGUGCAGUGCAUUGGCUGUGUUGUUGGGGAGAGUGUUUGUGUGUGCAUAUAUGCUAGAAAGAAAAAGAGAGGAAGACAAUUGGAAUAGCUGCAAUCGCACAUAACUAAUUUUUUCAAUCAACAAAGUCAGACAAAGAAACACAGACUUGUGAUUGCAGCAUAAAGGCAAUAUGUCUACUGUGGAAUCCUCUAGUUCGGCAGUUCAGCAGCCACCCUCGUCCACAUUGCCAAUGUUGGGCGAUAAUCAAGUGAGCACCAUGCAAAUGCAAAUGCAGGCCUCUACUUCAUCAGCGGGAGGAAGCGGUAACAUGUCGGUGGGCGUACCGUUAGAUACGCAAGGCAGCGGCGAGCCACCUGCUAAGAAGCAGAUGCUCGAUCCGAACGCAGCCUCUUCCUCGUCGGGCUCAUUAUCAAGCGGUGGGGGCAGCGGUCCAGCUGGAGCUGGAACCGGAACACACGAGAAACUCGCCUAUCGCAUCUCGACUGCACUGUGCUGUGCCGUGUGUCUGGAUUUGCCCAAAACGGCCAUGUAUCAGUGCCAAAUGGGUCACCUGAUGUGCGCCGCCUGCUUCACCCACCUCCUGGCGGACGGACGGUAUGAAACACAAAAGCGCAAAAUAAACGACUUGAAAAAUUAUUUACUCCUACGAGAUCAGAUAGCCACGUGCCCGAACUGCCGUGUGGAAAUAUCAAAGAGCACCGCAUCCCGUAAUCUGGCUGUGGAAAAGGCGGCUUCCGAAUUGCCUAGCGAAUGUCAGUUCUGCAACAAAGAGUUUCCAUACAAAUCUCUGGAACGUCAUGAGCAGCACGAGUGUCAGGAGCGACCCACAAAAUGCAAAUACCAUCGUAUUGGCUGCCAGUGGCGUGGACCUUAUCACGAGACAACUGAACACGAACGCAACUGCUUGCAUCCCCAAAAAUCUGGCUAUGAGGUGAUGGCCGCCUUGGAGGCCCAUGAUGUCAAGAUCAAAGAGGAAAAGAAAAUGUUUAAUACAUUGAUAGAUCUGCUGAGCUACGAGAAAAUCAUAUUUAACGAUCUACAGAUGAAACCGUAUCGCACAGAUGAGUAUGUGCACAAGCUGUUCUAUGAAACGGCCCGUUUCUCAGCAUUCAACCAGCAGUGGGUGGUGAAGGCGCGCAUCAAUAACAGCCAGCGAGAUCCGCAUCAGUCGAACGAACGAACCAUCACCUAUCAGCUAAUACUGAAGACGAAAACCAGCACUCCAAUGAGCAUCCAUUUCUUUGCACUCAAAGGUCCCUUCUCGGACAUGAAGGUCUCCACGCAAAUAUAUAAGCACGAGUUUACGGAAACGAGCACUGAGAGUGAUUAUUACGUGCUACCCUUGCCUGAUGGCAACAGCACGGGCUCCAGCGAAUGCAAUCGUAUGCUGGCCAACAAAGGGAUUAAUUUCCGUUUACUGAUGUUUCUGCUGAAUAAGUAAACCGAUCGUUACAUGCUAGUAGUACAGAUUUUUCAACCUAGUUUAAGUUUGUUGUUUCUAACUCAUAAAUGUGCAAAAACUAGAUAUAGCCAAAAUAUAUAAGAAUAUAUAUUUUCUAUCUCUAAAUGUACAUGUACUUUCAAAUAACUAAAAAUGAAAAAAAAAAAAAAAAAAAAAUUAAAGUAAAAUGAAAAGCGAAAAAUCACCUUACCCCUUAAUACUAACAAUGACGAUAGAACUGUAACGCGUUAGGUUGUAAUUGUGACCUAAGUUUAGAUGAGUUUUAAGCUUUAUAUUGCUGGCAAAGAGAAUAAGUAAAUAAUGUCCCACACAUGCGAUAUAUUUAAUUGUAAGACAGAUAUAAAUUAAUGUAAAUGAGACGUUUCCUGAUUAUGUUUAAACACAGAGCCAUAUUCAUAAAUCUACUAAUAUAUAUGUACAUUAUAUAGAUCAAUAUACAAAGAGGAUACAGCUACUUUAUAUGUAUACCACGUACGUGAUUUAUAUGUAUCGAGUACAUCAGAAAUGCCAUUUGAAAACACUAAUUCAAUAAUAAUUUCAAUAAAUACAAAAACUAUGUUAA